AUGCCCUUCGUCAGCUGUAUUACUGAUAACGUUCCAAAUCUUGAUAUAAUCGGCAAACAUAGCAACAUCACAAUCCAGCUCACGGACACAGUCGUUGACGUUCAUAAUGAACAGUAUAGGGCCAAGGAAACAGCCUUGGGAAACGCUGCUCUCGACCGCAGCCUCUGCCGACUGCUGGUCACCGAUAUGGACAUUUACGGAGCAGCCAAGUAA